AUGGGUGCGGAAGUGCUAAUGCUGAACAACGUUGGCUUGUUUGAGGAACAGAAGGCCGGGAGGCCUGAAACACCUUGUGUGGAGGAUAAGAGAAAAAUACUCAACACGCAAAAGUCUUGCGAAGAAAAUGAAGGAAAAGCACCGAACAUGCCAAAGGCUGAGGAAGACCGCCCUAUGGAAGCUGUACCACAGGAGGCAGAAAGAAAUCCUCAACCUUCUGAAGAAGGUGUAAGCCAGGAAGCAGAAGGAAACCUUAGAGGAGGGCUGACUCAGCCUGGUCAGGGAUAUAAAGAGGACACUCCGGGUAGGCAUUUGGACCCAGAAGAAAUGAUAAGAGGAGUAGAUGAGUUGGAAAGGCUUAGGGAAGAGACAAGAAGAGUAAGAAACACGUUUGUGAUGAUGCAUUGGGAACAAAGACACUCACGCAGCCGUCCUCAUCCUGUGUGCUUUAGGCCUUGAAUUUUUUUUUUUAUUUUUUGUCUGAUAUUAAAAUCUGGUGCCUGCUUUCUUUCUGUUAGCAUUUUCUGAUGUAUCUUUGACUUUUGUUUUAUUUUUAAUCAUCUGGUGGAGUUUUGCUUUAGGUAGUGUCCUUA